UCAAUAGAAACAAAGAUGGAGUGUACCAUGCAAAGAUAGCUAUUGCUAUUACUGUUUAUACUUGAAAAUAGUAUUAUAAUGCAUAUUUUUGGUAGUUAUUUUCACUGAAACGAUGCCGCUGUUCGCCUGAAAUGACAAUUAAAUUAAACGAUACGCUUGUAAGAAAUUGUUCACGGCAAAAUGAAAGUAACAAACUGGACUGUACGUGUUGAAGUAUGAGUCACACACUACUAUGUCAGUUUUUUACACUCCCGUGAUUGUGUUUUUUAUAAAUACUCCCGUAUUUGUAUAAAUUGCGAAACUGGUUAAUCAUGAACGUGCAGAUACUGCACGAUGGGGUACGUUGUUUUAUUUCUUUUAGCGAAUGUAUUUCUCUAAACAAUCUUCGAAUACAUUAAAGAAACUACAAAGUCGGAGGUUAGACUCAUGUGUCAAUCACCGGAUUUCUUUUUAAUUUUCUCGAGCAUAAUAGUCUCGUUUGUAUUUCAUUUUUGUUUAUCGAUUAUUAUAUAACUUGAAGUUUAAAAAAUAUAUAUUAAUUUAAAUAAAUUGGUGCAUUAUGUACCAUGAUAAUCUUGAAAAUUUGUCAUUUUAUGAUGUUUCGCAUUAUUUUCUGUUAUUGUAUCUUUGUCAGAUCAAACUUUAAGCAACUUAACACAUGUCAUGGUAUACAGUUACGGAUCACUCAUAUAAAAGUCACCCCUAUUGCGAGCUAUAUUUUAUGGAAACGCAGAAGAAGUUCUAGCGUUGCUAUCAAAACAAGAAGAUGCAAAUUGGCAAGACGUAGAAAAACGUUCUCUUCUCCAUGCAGCUGCAUUUAUGGGAAAUAGAACAAUUGUAGAAACGCUUCUAUUGCAUGGAGCUGAAGUAAGUGCUCUAGAUAAGAAAAUGUUAACUCCGUUGCAUAGAGCCUGUUGCUUAGGGCAUCAUAACGUAGUGGAUGUUUUAUUAUACUAUAAAGCAAAUGUCAAUAUUUGGGACCGCAAUUGGCAAACUCCUUUACAUGUAGCAGCAGCAAAUAAUGCUGUGCAAUGUGCAAAACUGAUACUUCCAUACGUAAGGAAUGUUAACAUACCAGACAGAAGUGGCAGAACAUGUUUGCAUCAUGCAGCUUACAAUGGACAUCUUAAAAUGACAGAAUAUUUGAUUCGAGUUGGCUGCAUAGUAAAUGCUCAUGAUAAAAAACAUCGUAGAGCUAUACAUUUUGCAGCAUACAUGGGUCAUGAAAGUAUUGUGAAAAUACUCAUAGCACAUGGAGCAGAUGUGAACGUUAAAGAUCGAGAUUUAUACACUCCACUACACGCAGCUGCAGCUUCUGGUAACGUUGAAUGUAUGCGUAUAUUAAUUAAUGCUGGAGCAGAUAUCGAAGCAAGGAAUGAGUAUGGAAAUACACCUCUGCAUAUUGCAUGUUUAAACGGCCACGCAGACGCGGUUAAAGAAUUAAUUGCAAAUUCCGUUAACAUUGAGACUGUAAACUACCGACGACAAAGUUCGCUACACGUUGCCGCAGCUAGUCCACACGGUGUUAACUGUUUAGAAGUACUUUUACAAGCUGGUUCAAAAAUAAAUGUUCAGUCGAAAGAUGGACAUACGCCUUUACAUAUGACUGCAAUUCACGGAAGAUUUACUCGAUCAAAAACUUUAUUAGACGCUGGUGCAUUACCGCAUAUCGAGGAUAAAAUUAGAAAUACCGCUCUACACAUAGCUGCUUGGUUCGGUCACGAGUGUUUGACAACGACUUUGUUGGAAUAUGGUGCCUCUCCAGCAGCACGCAACGUUGAACUACGUAGGCCGUUGCACCUGAGUUGUCUAGCAGGGCAUGUCGAGGUUUGUAGAAAAUUGUUACAAGUCGAUAGCAGACGUAUAGAUACAAGAGAUGCUGGUGGUAGGACACCGUUGCAUUUAGCGGCAUUCAAAGGAUCUGUGGAUUGUUUAGAUUUAUUACUAUCCAGCGGUGCUAAUUUUCGAUUAACCGAUAACGAUGAUAGAUUAGCACUUCAUUAUGCUGCUAGCCAGGGUCAUUACCUUUGUGUUUUCACAUUGGUUGGAUUUGGAAGUGAUUCCAACGCACAAGACGUUGACGGCGCAACCCCUUUGCAUUUAGCAGCGGCCUCGAAUCCUACGGAUUCUGGUGCUCAAUGCGUUCAAUAUUUACUGAAACAUAAAGCAGAUCCACGUUUGUGCGAUAAACGUGGUUUUACUGCAAUUCAUUAUGCGGUAGCUGGAGGAAAUCAGCCUGCUUUAAAAGCUCUAUUAGAAGCUUGUCCACAAGUGAACUUGGAUACAUCGUCUAAUUCAGCAGAUAAACAAGAACCACAGGCACCAGCGUUGACACCUUUACAUCUUGCUGCAUAUUAUGGACACAGUGAAAUAUUGAGCUUACUUUUACCAUUAUUUCCAAAUACUAAUAUUAAAGACAAUACCGGCAAAACGCCUUUGCAUUUAGCAUCUUGUAAAGGUCAUCGACAGUGCGUCGAGUUAUUGUUAAGACAUGGAGCUUUCGUAUCCGUUCAAGAUUCUAUUGCAAAACGUACUCCAGUGCAUUGUGCAGCUGCUGCAGGUCACAGUUUAUGUCUAAUACUUCUUUUGGAAAACACGGAAGAUCCAAGCGUAGUUGAUUGCUUCGACGCAAAGCAACGUACUGCUUUAACAUUAGCAGUGUCACAUAGUAAUACAGAGUGCGUCAUUUCACUUUUAAGUUAUAAAGCUGAUUGUAAUUUGCCAGACAUAAACAAACACACGCCAUUAUUUCGAGCAGUGUUUAGCGAACACGAUCAGCAACUAGUGAAGUUGUUGUUAUCGCGCGGUGCGCAGGUAGCGGUACAGGAUACAAAUGGUAAAACGCCGUUGCAUUUAGCUGCUGCAUGUGGAAAGGUGAAAUCAUUAGCCGAGCUGGUAAAAGCUGAUCCCGAAGCUGCAACCUUAAAAGACGAUCAAAAUUGUACUGUUCUUCAUUGGGCUUGUUACAGUGGAAACUCUAAUUGCGUGGAUUAUCUUUUGAAACAAGACGUAAUCGAAUCAUUGGAGGGUCAUCCAUUUUCUGCUACACACUGUGCGGUGUAUCAGGGAUCGGUGGAUUGUUUGAAGCUAUUAAUAAAGAAAUUUGGAGGAAAAGCAGUUGCUGGUCUAAAGGAUAAUCCGGGCGAUCGACUACCUUUACACGUUGCAGCCAGUGCAGGUACCGUCGAAUGCGCGAGAUUAAUAUUGAAGUCCGUUGGUCCAGAUAUAGCUGGUCUCGAAUCCCGAGAUUAUUUAGGCCGAACGCCUCUUCUUUGUGCCGCUGUUACGGGCCAAUGUGGUGUCAUUGAGAUAUUGCUCGAGCGAGAAGCUGACGUGAGCGCCGUUGAUUGCAACAAGAAUACAGCACUGCACUUGGCUUGUCUAAGACGACACUCUGCUGCUGCUUUACUACUGUUAAAUUGGAUUGAUUCGGGCAAUUCGAGCGAGGAAAAUUCAACACAAUCGCAACAACAGCGCCUAGCCGUUAUUAAUAUGACCAAUAAACAACAAAGGACUCCGUUACACUUGGCAGCGAGGAAUGGACUUGUUAAAGUAACGCGCCAUUUGUUGCAAUUAGGAGCAAGCGUUGUGGCUGUCGAUGGGGAAGGUUUAACUCCUGCACUGGCGUGUGCUCCGAAUCGUGCUGUGGCGCGUUGUUUGGCCACUAUCCUUGCCGCUCAUGGUCAACAUUGGGAAGCAGCGCAACAGUCGCCGUCGAUUCAACAAACGUCGGAAGUGUAUUUAAAUGGCAGGAGUGGUGACUCCCAGCACAGCUCAGAUUCCGAGUUUUACUGACAAUAGUCGUCGCAGCCAGACCAUCGCGGGUCUCAAACUUCAAACGUUGAAGCAACUCAUAGAAAUACCGAUGCUGCGAAAUGGUGCCUGGAAUCGGUUCGAACCCAGGCUUAUGAGAGCCUGGUUCUAUUACUUUGUAUACAUGACAUUGUCGAAAACAUACACGCCAUCAACAUUCUAUUCGCGAAACCAGUAUUUUCUAUAUAGCUUGCGAAAAGAUAGAAUAAAUAUUGUUAUUUAUACUUCGUAAAGUGAUCGUCCGCUGCAUUCCUUCGUAUUAACAUUGCAUACUAUACAUAUUAUAUUGUUGUUAACAACGUUUCUGUAUUUUCCUACGGACUGGAGACAUUGACACUCGCUUUUUUGGAACUGUACAUGUAACGACAAUAUUAUUAACGCAAAUAUAACAUGCACUAAGUAAUACUGAUACGAAAGGAUAGAAAAAGGUCUAAGCAUAGAUAAAGAAUUAUACGCACAAUUUAAGUUAAAUAGAGCAAUAUGUACUUCUUUAUUAGAAGAAAAAACCAGGAAACAAAAACUUGCUUUAGUAUGCAGUUACAUGCAUGCAAAAUAUGUAUGAGGACAUGAAGUGGGUACACAACCGAGUCUCUGCCAAGUUGCAUAAUUCGAGGAUUCACUGUACGACACUUAUUUUAUCUCUUCGCGAAUUAUACAAGGAAUACUGGUUCGUUAUUCGGAAUGCCCAUCAAAUCUGCGCGUUUGAUAAUUGUCACGCGUAAUUCUAUACAGUAUAGUUUCGGUAUAUUGGCAUAUGGGUGGCAAAGAUUUUUACCACGGAACCAAACAACAUAAUUUUGAAGGUAAAAAUGUUAAAGAAAAUAAAUCUGGUUAAGAGUCAUGAACAUUGAUAACGUUACUGAAAGAAGCAUUCGAUAAACGUUAGAUUACGUAGGUUUCAAUUGUCUCAAAACAAAAUUUUAUCUCUUUUUUAUUUCAUCUGGCAUUUAGCGUGUUAAAAUGAAUUUGAUAUAAGAUACAUCUUUUCUUCAAAUUAUUUAAUAUUUGACGUGAGAAUAUAAUUUUAUAAAUUAUAAAUGGAUGCUGGCGAAUGAAAUGACUUUAGACUAACGUACCUGGAGAAUGAAACUAGACCCGUAUUUACAGAGGGUGUAGAAAGUAUUUGUACACCGAUCAAUUUCCAAAAAAACUGUAAAAUUGUAAUUUAUUAACUUAUUUUUUUAUAAGCAAUGACAUUCUACGUAUUCUCGGAAAUCUCUAGAAUAGAUAGAUUACAAAAAAAAACAAUUAAUCGAUAGAAAUGUUGAAGCAAUAAGUAUUCGCACAAUUGUUUAAAAGUACUUUACUGGAAAUUUGACGUUUUCUAAUUCGUACGGAGCAUAAACUGAUAUGUUUAUGUUACAAAUUCUACUGUAAAUGCUUCGUCAUAAGAAUCGUACAAAUACAUAUUGCUUCUAUACUUUCACCCACUUUUCGCAUCUUUUUGUUAAUUUCACAAAUUAUAUUAACUAGUAAAUGUUGUUUGGACUAUAUCUACCUUAGAGACUUCCGAGAAUAUGUAAAAUAUCAUUGAUUACAAAAAAAGAAGUGAAUAAACUACAAUUUCACACAAAAAUUUGUUGGUAAAUUGAUCGGUGUACGAAUACAUUCUACACCCACUGUAGUUCUCUGGUAGUCCUCAUUGUAAGAAGUGGAAAUAUGAAAGCCAGAAUAUUUCAAUCAGAUAACUGAACGUGUUGAACUAGCGAAGACCGAUUCACCGAAACUAUUCUGUACUUAUUAUCGCUAUCGACGUAUAUAUGAUACCUAGAAUGCUCAGUAAAUUAUUUUCUACUUAUAUCAAUCGAUUGAAAGAGAUUUUGAAUCAUAUCGUGCGCAUGGAAUAUGUAUUUUUAUUGUACAUAUUAAUAUUGUAAUAAUCGCUUGAACAAAGGGAUACCUAAAUAGUAGCGAGAGGACCGAGAGUAAUAUUAAAUAGAACAAAGCAAUCUCCAAUUUUGUACGUAGUUUAAGCGAACCGCGCGAAUUUCAGUUACAGUAUUUUUCACUGAAAGAUAGAAAACCGUAUCCGCUGUACAUAUUGAUAAAUAUUUUUCAAUACCGCCGACCGUAUACACAUAUACAACGUGAGCUCCGGGAAUUUAAUACUGUACCACAUCGAAAUCGCGCUAUAACUUUUAAAGUGCUACUGCCAAUAUUGUGCAUCUGUACUACGUGAUGCAUUUGUAAUCAAUAAGCGACGUUCGGUUUUAUUUUUGUCACCGUCUUGUCAUUUCAUCGAACGAGUAUCCUGUUUCCUUUGCAAACGUGCGAAAUUUGAUAAGCACUGAAACUUGGAAACGAAACCGAGCAACGUGUUUCGUUAACCAGCAAAAAUAUAUCGAAUGUAUUUAAUUAAAUAAAUACAUGAGUUUCCUUUUUUGAAAAAAUAGUAUAUUUAGCAUUACACAAUAUCAAACAACAUUAUUUACAAAUUGUUCGCGUAGAAUUGUAUGUACAAGUAUCAUGAGUUACGCAAUGCAUCGGCAACAAGAAACAUUUCAUCAUACAAACAUUCUUAUAAGUAUAAAUAUGUCUCUAUAGACAUAAAUAGUUGUAUAAUCAGGCUCGCGCGAUUCUUCUAAUCCAUUCUCAUGCGAAACACUCGAUCAUUAUUACUAAUAAUAGAGAGCACCGUCGUUUUUACUUCUCAAUUAUACCGUUUCGAGGACGUCU